UGUGGUAGUAAGCUGCUGCUCAUGGCAUCCAGAGCCCACCACCGACCCCCAAAUCAAUUUUCAGGGGCUUCAUCGUCGAUUCUCAGCGAUCCUACUGCGAAGAAGUCGAGGACGAUGUCUGCUAGCGAGUCGUCGCCAUCGCCCAUGAGAGCGGAGUUCGCCAAGCACACCGCCUACCUCAAUGAGCUCAACGACAAGAGGGAGAGAAUUGUAAAGGCUAGUCGUGAUGUCACCAUGAACAGCAAAAAGGUCAUAUUCCAGGUCCACAGGCUCAAUAAGGAUAACAAAGAUGAAGUUUUAACAAAGGCGGAAAAAGAUCUUGCCGCAGUGACUGAUCAAUUUAUGUCAAGAUUAGUAAAUGAACUGAAAGGUGCCGAUUUUUGGAAACUCAGACGAGCUUAUACUUUCGCUAUUCAAGAGUAUGUUGAAGCUGCAGCCUUCUGUAAGUUCUGCAAAACUGGAAGCCUCCUGAACCUCGCUGAGAUUAAUGCUACUCUGCGACCGCUAAGUGACAAAUAUCCUGAGCCCCUGCAGAUUAAUGUUCUUGACUACCUUUUGGGGCUUGCAGAUGUGACUGGAGAGCUUAUGCGACUGGCCAUUGGUCGAAUAUCAGAUGGGGAAGUUGAAUAUGCUGAGAAAAUAUGUAGAUUUGUGAGGGACAUAUACAGGGAGCUAACCCUUCUAGUACCCCUUAUGGAUGAUAAUGUUGAAAUGAAGAAAAAAAUGGAGGUGAUGCUUCAAAGUGUAGUGAAGAUUGAAAACGCUUGUUAUAGUGUUCAUGUGAGAGGGUCAGAGUACAUUCCUUUGCUUGGUACGAGUGAUCCAGAUUAUUCCUUCUUCAGUGCUCCAGAUAUUGAUGCGUGAGUCGUUUCCACUGAAGGAGAAUCUUCUCCUUGAGGACAUACAAUGACCUCUAGCGGUAACUUUGUAGGUUGCUGGCUGCAAAAAUGCUCAUGUAACUUUGGUGAAAUUACCUGCAGAGGUCGAAACUUGGACUUCCUAUAUUCUGACCUUAAGUUUGAACUUGUUUCUUUCAUGGUAUUCUUUUUUGAGCUUUUGUGAAGCGGUAGAGAGGGAGCGUUGAGAGAGAAUGCAGGAUGCAUGUACAAAACAUGAAGAAAUUUGUUCCGAGUUUAUGCAGAAUGGAGUGUUGUUAGCUGUAAUUGUUUUCCUCGUAGCAAAUGGAUGUGGUUUUGAUUUCAGUUAA